UUGGAGCUGGGAGCUGGGAGCGGGGAUGUGGAGGCUGGCUGCUUGUCUGUAUUGUGGGCUGAGCUCGCUUUCACUCUCAGCAGUGUCAUUGUGGUUCAGGGCCCGGCUUGCUCACUGUGUGGCCGGAUGCAGUCAGUAAUUGUAGCCGGGGAUUGAGCUGUGUGGUGUCGGCCUGUGCCCCUUUCAUAAGGAGAAUGGAGUUAGUAAGGAAGGGCUGAAAGUGAAAGCCACAUCAAGGAAUCGAACUCAACACUUUUAAAAAUAACUUGUUUUUGUAAUUUAGUGAUUUGUUAAGCUACUUAACAAUUUUCAGAGGUUAGACAGUUUUGCUCAAUUUUUAAAGACAUGCCUCCAAUUUGGCAAAAUUUAUCCAGUUAAUAUACUUUUUUAAAAUGUGCAGUAUCUAAUGUACUCUUUAUUGCUGCCUGACAUGUCUGAUUUGACUGUUGGGAUGGAGCCCAAUUUCUUGGAUGUGCUGAAAUGGGUUGGGCUCCUUGUCCUGUUCCUGGCCUCAAUCUUUACAUUGGUGAUGUAUGGCCUUCAGUGGGUUUCACAGCCUUCCCAGGGCAAGGGUAAAACUGUCCCCAAAGCUGGGGCUACGGCAGGUUCUCCUCUGAGCGAUCCCGAUGAGGGGGCAGCCACUCUUCUCUCCUGGGUGCUGUCCUUAGAAAGCUGGAACCGUGAGUGGCAGAAAGCCUGGGUCACCGCUCUCAAUGAAGCAGUCGCAAAGCACGGGAGUUCUCUGCAGCUCAGUGUUGAUAAAGUGGGUCCACAUUCAUCUGCCCUUGUUCUGAGUCAGGUUACCACCGUUAUCAAAUCAGACCGACACUUGGUUUUUGGAUGCCAUGUGACUGGAGAGUAUGCUCAGUUUUCUGUCACUGUGACCCAGGACUCGCCUGUUGCCAUGGGACUGGAAUCUUUUCUUAUCCGAGUAUCUCCACUUCAUUUACAGCUGGAGAUUCAUGUCCAACAAGUUGAUGAUGUCCAAGUCUCAUGGAAUCUUGUAGAGUCUCAAAAGUUGAACUUGGAAGUGACUCCAAAAGUAAAAAGGGAGGUGGAUGAAGAGGAUACAUACCUGGAGACAAUCCACACUUUGUUACAGGACAUGUUGAUUUCUGCCCGUCCAACAGUCUUGAUGGAUAUGAAAGCUGCACCUUUAAAGGAAAACCAACAUAUGGCCAUUCCUCAAAGUUUACCGAGCACUGAAUUGGCCUCGCAGAUCUGCUCACCUCCCAAACCACCAAGAGCUCAUGAGCGCAAACUUCUUGUGAAGAUCAUUAAGGUGGACAAUCUCACAGAUCCUGAUAUCGCAGAGAAUGUUCAUCCGUAUUGCGUUGUAGAGUUGGAUAAUCCAGUGCAGAAAGUCUGCAGCUCCGUAAUGAACAGCAUUUCCAACCCCUUGUGGGACGAGCAGUUUGUGUUUGAAUUGAGUGCCAAGUCCAAGAAACUUCACCUGCUGAUAUUGGAGGAUGGAAAACCCUCAGAGAUAGAUGCAGUCCUUGGCGAGGUGACAGUACCCAUAGACCUGUUUAAGAAACAGCCCAGUGGGAGGCAGAGCUUUCACCUCGGGAGCAUGCAGAAUGGGAACAGAUCAGGAUCCAUCACAGCUGAGUUCUGUUACAUGGAACCACAUGAAGUUAAAUGCCGGCAAUCUCCUUCAAUGGUUUCAGCAAAGAAAGUGGAAAAGGAUCGCACAAUCAUGCCUUGCGGUACAGUUGUUACUACAGUAACUGCUGUUAAGACCAAGCCUCGAGCAGAUGGGAAGCCUUGUGGAACUCCAACAGACUCCCCUAUAAAGGCCUCUACAGAAAUGAAAGAAGCUGACGAAGAGUCCUUGACUCUCGGAAACUCUGAACAGGGAGCACCAGUUAGCAAAGUCUUAUCAUCAUCUGAUACAGAGCUGCUGCAGUUGAGUGGCACAGACCCGGUGGCUGAAGCUGCAAUCCGACAGCUAACAGAAUCGGCGAAGCACGUGCUGAAGUCUCCCGUCAGGAGAAGUACAAUGGUAAUUUCAGGUGUCACAAAGUCUCCCUUAGUCAUCGAUGAUGAAAUGACCCUGUCGGCUGAUUACGCAGCUGCCAUGGAUGCGUCCUUGAGGCAAGAACCUCAGCCUCUCGCUUCCUCUGACUGCAUCUCUGGGCUUCCCUCGGAACGGACAUUAACUCGCAGUUUACCCUUGGCUGAGCAUUGUGCUGCAGAGGGAACUUCAGCAAUGGCACCCACAAAUCAAGUGGAGCAGGAAGUCGGUCAGUGGAACGAUGGCUCUCAGGAAGACCUGGAUUUUGAACAGCGGUCCAAUCUUUCCAUGGCUGGCUCAGAAACCGGAACUAUGAAAAAAUCUAGAGGUGGUUUCAUGCGGAGUGGAGCAAAAUUUUUUUUCCGCCGCCGACGACAUCAGAAGGAUCCUGGGAUGAGCCAAUCUCACAAUGAUCUGGUUUAUCUGGAGCAGCCAAUGCCCCUGGAGAAAGAGAGGAAGUCGACCAGGAAGCAGAUUAAGAGGCUUUUCCCGAAGUCCAAGAGCAAAGCUAAAUUUAACAGCUCCACAGUGGACUAACACUUAGGAAUGCUUGAGGUUAACUCUCUCCUUCCCCCUCCCCUCUAAUCCUUCUCUUCUGUCCACUGUGUUGCACUGUGAUUAGGGAAUGUGCAAACUCUGAAAGCCUCAUGGUAUUACUUGACUUGCAAUUACUGAGGCGUGCUGCGUCAAAAUUAUUUCAAUUUAGUAGGAUACUAACUUUAAAUGUUACUUAACGCUCACUGAGGCAAAUAGCAACACUUUUUUACUUUUGUGGUGUUGAAGACAGGUGGUGGGAAGUGGGGGGGGAUGGAAUUGGUGGGCUUCCAUUCAUUUGUAAUUUCCUGUCAUGAGCUUUCGAUACCGAACAAGGUUUUGAAAAUGUUGAAGUACUUUGAACACUACAUUUUUAUGUACCCAGGCCCAUUCUCCAAUAAAACACCACAGCUUAGGAACCUCCGCUGAGGUGUUCAUAUUGAUUUGAGCUAUCAUGCUAGAUUGCAGGAAACUUUGCAAUGUUUGUGACCUGCAUACAGCUAUUUCAAAUGGCUUUUGUCAUUUAAGUUUAGAAUUAUUGUAACUUUUUAAAAAUAUACAAUUGGGUUUAAACUCCAUCUAACUCAUCUGCAAAAUUCCAUUACUUUUUACUCUUGCUGCUUCAUCCACAUCCCUUUGACCCUUUUGCUCCACUCCAUUCAGCCUAUUGACAGGCUCAAAGGAUGGAACAGUUCCUGGCACAACCACCAGUCCUUUUGGAGCCAAUUGGAAGGAUUUGGUCUCUGAUUUCUGUUCCUUCCAAAGGACAGCCCUGGAUGUUAAGAGUAUUAUUCAGAGUGUGACUUGUGGUUAGAAUGCUGACUUUUAUUUUCUUCACCUUUUUUUCGAAUUGUGGCAAGCAUUUUACCUUGAGAUUUGUAAAUGAUUGCGAUGGUAGGAUUUGGUUGUAGGAGCUGCCAAAUAGCUAGAUCGCAGUAGGAUUAGUAAGAAGGAGCAUUGCGCUGUUCAGGAACCAGUGCCCUGUUUUGUUCCUUGCAAAGAAUUCCCUGCAGAGGGCAAGGCAAUGAGAGAACUUUUCUAGAACUGGGAAGAAACAUCUGAGAUCAGCAAAUGGAAUGACUUCCUGUCGUCCAAAAUACAAGUGAUGGAAUUCUGAUGUAAAAAAUACUAAUAGGAAUCACUUAAUAUAGGAGAUCUUGUUUCUUUAUGCUGUUUAAGCCAGACUAUCAAAGGCGUUGGGUUGGUUGUGCGCCAAAAAGAUGCCACAUCUUGUAACCUGAAUUUCCACUACAGAGGACUCCGAAUUGAGCUCAAAAGCAUUAACUUCCCCUCUAGGGUUCUCUGAGAAUCCCUGAGUUAUCACAGUUUAUGACUCAAUGUCAGAAGCUGACUUUGCUUUUUAGAUAGUUUACAGAUUGUAAUAUGAACUUGAGGAGCACAUGUCUGAGACCGCCCCGGCCCAUGACACUAAUUGUUCACUACAUCAAAGGUAUUUGAAACCGGAUGUGGAUUGCAGUUCAGUAGGUUUGUAUGCAUGUCAUUGUAACUUUCUUCUCCUGUUGGGUGGUAUUUGGAGGAUCAUAACGUCACCCUUUAACACUCACUCAAAAUACAAAAAUCUUGAGCUUCCUGCAGGCUGUUUGAAUGUGCUGCUGCACAGUGCCACUUUAAAUGCCACAUGUUUAGUGGAACCAGAGGAAUCUUCUGAUAAUGCACUUGAUUGUUUUUAAACUGACUGGAGAAGUUGUUGCUGGAGUCCAUCAUUUUUUUUGUCAUGUUCUUGAGUACCUGUCCUGUUCAGUCCCAUGAUGUCUUGCUGUUGCAUUGCCUCAAGUUUUGAGGGACCAUUUCCUUCCGGCUGUUAGUGGGGGAAACCCAAAGAACAGUGGGUUCCCAAUAUCUAGUUCUGAGUGUGCUGUUUGUUUUUGGAAGUAAUUGGGUCGGUUAAGAAAGGCAAACAUCUGAUCAUGUUUGCUAGGAUGUUAGUUGAGACUUCACACCGAAGAGUUAAAUUGACUGUAUUUUGUACUUGUGUGUGUGGAAGGAUACGGCAAUAGGAUAUAUUUCACAUUUUGUAUCUUCUGACCUCUGGCGGCAUUUUUUGUUAAAAGGAAACAAACCUCCCUUGUUUGGUUACAACAAUCGUGACCAAUUGCCAUCUCCCUUCCAUUAUUCUUUUGCUACUUCCAGUUUUGCCCAGUGGUAUUUAGGAGUCACUGAAUAAAUGUGUAGUGGCCUGCCUUUCCUUUGCUUCAGGGUUGACUGCAACUUAAUGCAAAAUACUGUGGAUACUGGUGAUCUAAAUAAAAACACUGAAGAAACUCAGCAAGUCUAGCAGCACCCGAGAGAGAGAAAGAUGAUUAUUGCUUUGAGUCCAAGAUGACACUACUUCAACCCGAAAGUGUCACGUGGGAUUCCAGGCUCUCUGUCUCCGUCUGUCUAAUUGUCUCCCUCCCUCCCGCACUCUCUCUGUCAGUCUUGCCUGUGUGUGUGUCUCUCCCUCCAUAGAUGCUGCCAGCCUGGCUGAAUUGCUCCCUUGUUUUUAUGUACUGCAACUUAGGACUUUAGGUUAUAGCCAUCUAUUUUUGAUCUGCCAGUCCUGACAUACAAUUAUUGUCCUUCCUCUUUUUAGCUAACCUGACAGAAUAUUUACGGCUUUUAAAAACUCAAAUGUAGUGACAAAAUCCAGAAACUACACAAGUUCUGUAGACCAGUGUGAAAGAACUUGUAGUUUUUUCUGUUUGGGCUCUGGGGCUGUUAUGACAGAGCCCAUUGCCCUAGGAUGCUCCAGUUCUGUCCUUGUCAAGUCAUGAAUGGGGAAGAAGACCAGUGAGCAUCUUUAUUGCUGUUUCUCACGCAGUUCAGCUGGCCAAGAUGUGCCUUGACAUCUGACUGUACCAGUGGAUUUUGUCAGUUCUUUUAAACAGUCUCCCCUGCUCCUCCCCCAAACUGUUCCUUGCAUCUCAACACCCCUCCCUUCAAUUUCAAUGAGUUAUUUUGGGGGUGGGGGAAACAACUUGUGUGUUGGGUUUACGUGAUGCUGUUCCUUCAGUAUGGGCUUCCAGUUAUCCUUUAUAGCUGAGUGAUUUAUUUUUAAUAGAUAUUAAGUGACAUUGCAAGUAAUGUUGUAAGUAUAGAAGUGUAAAAUGAUUUCCCAACGAGAGUGACCUACUAAUCAUUGUGUGUGUGUGUUUUCUGUGAAUUUAGGACUUUAGUAUUGACACCUCCUGAAAAGGGGUGGUCUGAAAGUGCUAUACAAAUGUCCAUAGUUACUAUUGUUUCUCUACAUUCUGUCUUACCCUCGUCAUUUACAACUUGUAAAUCCUUGCAUGUGAAUUAUUGUAUGUCCAGCCCAGUAUUUGAUGGGGGUUAAGCCCAUGACCAAAGAGUGGAAAAGGGCUGUGUAAAGCCCACUACCACCACAUAAAUGCUGUGAAGAAUCUCGCAUUUAAAAUGGAUUGUUUCCAUGUAAACGUGUAAAUGUUUUUAUUUUAGCACGGGCACAGUGAUUGUAGGUUUCUCGUUGACUGUAACUGGAACCUUCUUUUGGUGCUCCCUCCCUACCUGGAAUUAGUAAAGGGAAAAGUAAGUGUAUGAUGUUUAUGGAACUGAGCCAGGAACCAGAACUGAAAAUGGAUUGCACAAUAAGUUAUUGUCAACGAUAAAAGCAGAUGCUGCAUGUUAAUCUUGCAUAAAGAGGAAAAACACUGAAGUUACCCAGUUGCCUUCAUAUGUAAAACUUGUGUCUUAAUUCAUGUAACUAAUGCAAUAAAUAUUGAGAAUCAUGA